ACUCAGCAAAUGGCGGAGGCGCUGAGGCGGGUGCUGAAUGCCGGCUGCGCGGCAAGGCCAGGAGAGGAUGGCGCUGCCGGGCCGCCAUUGCUGUUGCUCGGCGCUCCGCGCUCUGCGCAGACGUCGCUGCUGUUUGCAGCCGCCCUUGAGGCGGCAGGGGAAGGCCGCGGGUCCGUCCUCUUCGUGACGCGAAGGCCCCUUCAGAGCCUGCCGCUCAGUACACCCACAGCGCGAGAGCAUUGGCGGCUCCAGAAGGUUCGUUUCCAGUACCCAUCCUCAAUUCAAGAGCUUCUCCAGCUGCUGGCCUCUGCCCAUGAGGCCCCAGCACCGACCCCAUCCCUUCUACUCCUGGACGGCCUGGAAGAAUAUCUCGCAGAGGAUCCCAGUGCCCAGGAAGCCGCCUACUUGGCUGCAUUGCUUCUGGAUACUGCUGCCUUCUUUAGCCACCGUCUUGGAGCCAAUGGCAGUUGUGGGCUUGUUGUGGCCCUUGAAACCCAGAAAGAAGCAGAGGCCGAUGCCCCACAUCUGCCAUUACUUAAGCGAUAUUUUCCUGCACAGUGCUGGUUGCAGCCAGAUGCCCUAGGCUUGGGACAGCAUUGCUGCCUUCGAGCCAGCCUAGAGUUGGGCAAACUGAGCCCUAGGACAGAGUGGUCAGUGAGUUUCUUACCCUGUGGAGAGAUGAAGGUCACCCCAUGGCUUGCCCAGGCUUCUAAGCUCAGCCCAGAGAAGAAAGAUUCAAGUGCUGGAAGCCAGUCCUUAACUUUGGGAUGUGACAACCUCCCUGGUCCUGGGUCUCCCUUGGAUGGGAUACUUACUUCAGAGACAGGUGCAGAUUCAAAGACCUGAAAAAUGUAGAUUUUCUGUUUAUAAACUAGCAUUAUUGUCAUCAGGGCUGGCAAGAUCCCUUGGCAACAGGCACGGUAAUUUGACUGAUUCCCGGGACCCUCGUGGUAGAAAGAACUGACUCCUGCAAGUUGUCUUCUGACCUCCACAUUUGGGUGGAAACACACAGCCCUCCACACUAAUGAUAAAUUAGUAAUGAGACCUUUAAGAUAAGUAAGGCCAGCAGAGCCUUCCUUUGCCCACUCACCGUUGUCAAUGAGAUUCAGCCAUGUUUCCUAGUGCAGGUCUUUUUAUCUGCUGCAUUUUUUAUCCAGGCAGGCUCUCUAAGUCAGGCCAGCCUCAAACUAGAUCCUUAGCUGAGGCUGUCCUUGAACUCCUGAUCCUACAGCCUCAUCUCUUGAGGGCGGGGCCUAUCGAGUAUGCUCCUGUUCUUGGCUCCUCUUGCACAUUCCUUGGGUGCCCGUAUCCCAGUUACCUCUAUGUGUUGGCUUACGUAGUCAUCCACAUGACCUUGCACAUGUAUUUAGGGUGUACAGUUCGGAGUGGAUCCACUCCACAUAGAGUAUGCACACAUUUAGCUUGCUUAGGACAGGCCAGCUUAGGGAGGGAGAGGUGGGAGAUCACAAGUGCAAGGCUAUCCUUGGCUACAUAAGGUGUGGGAAGCGAUGCUGGCUCACACUGGACCCUGUCUCCAAAACCCAAAGUGGGCCAGGUGUGAUGGCACAGGCCUUUAGUCCUAGCACAGAGGCAGGUAGAUCUGUACGUAUGUGUUUAAGAACAGCCUGCUCUACGUGGCAAGUUCCAGACCAACCAGGGCUACAUAGACCCUGCCUCAAAGACAAAAACAAACUAGGGAGCUGGAGGAGAGCCCCGUGGUUGGGAAUCCUCUCACUGUGACAGCCUUGGUUCUCUAUCUGUCUGAGUCAUUUCCACUCCCGUGAAAAACCCUCACCCAUAUUCCUGAACAUAAGCCUAGUAAAGCUCUAUUGGUUCACCACAUUGG